AUGAAUGUGAAGAACCCAUCAGAAAUAAAACGGGCACCAGAAGCAAAUAAGGGCAAGGAAGGAAAAAGAGGUAAAAUGCUCUCACCUUGCAUUAGAGAAGCCUCAGAGACCUGCUUACAUGACUGCUUUCCAGCACCUAAUUUUCUUGGCAAUCAUGGGUCCUCCACCUCCAAUCCUUUAUCAACUCCCAAGUCUACAGAAACAGUAGUCACCGGUUUCAGGUAUGACUUCACUAUUGCAACAUCUUCCUCUCUCUGCCCAGACACCCAAUUUACCAAUCAUGAAUCCCUCCCUUCACUCCAAGAGUCAUAUUCUUACUUCAUCCAAGCCUACCCACAAUUCUCCCAAACUGACCAAGCAGACCACAUCAGAGCCCGUGAAUAUUACCAUCUCACCCUCUCCAAUCAUGUGUGUCUUGAUUACAUUGGACAUGGCCUCUUCUCAUACUCUCAGCAACAAACACAAUAUAAUUACCCAACACCUACAAUUGCUUCAACAUCAUCUUCUCCUCCUUCUCCUCCUCCUCCUCAAUUGCUUCACUCUCCUGAGCCUCUCUUUUUUGACAUUUCAUACAAGUCAGUAAACUUGCAUACCCAGGUUGUCUAUGGAGGACAGGAAUCAGAGGUGGAGUUUGAAAUGAGGAAAAGAAUCAUGGGUUACAUGAAUAUUUCUGAAUGUGAUUACACCAUGGUCUUCACUGCUAAUCAAUCAUCAGCUUUCAAACUUCUAGCAGACUCUUAUCCCUUCCAGCAAAAUCCAAGUCUUCUCACUGUUUAUGACUACAAGUGUGAGGCAGUGGAUGUGAUGACAGAGAGCUCCAAGAAAAAGGGAGGUCGAGUCAUGUCCGCGGAGUUCUCAUGGCCUAAUAUGAGAAUUCAGUCAAGAAAAUUGAGGAAACGGAUUGGCAAUAUGAAGAAGACGAGGAAGAAGCCGGGGCUGUUUGUUUUCCCACUUCAGUCAAGGAUGACCGGAGCCCGGUAUUCGUAUAUGUGGAUGAGCAUAGCACAGGAAAAUGGGUGGCAUGUGUUGCUUGAUGCAUGUUCACUGGGGCCCAAGGACAUGGACACUUUAGGCCUCUCUCUAUUUCAGCCUGAUUUUCUCAUUUGCUCUUUCUUCAAAGUUUUUGGGGAAAACCCAUCUGGGUUUGGUUGCUUGUUUGUCAAGAAAUCCAGUGCUUCAGUGUUAAAGGAUUCAACAUUUGCUUCGAGCAUAGGAAUUGUGAGCCUUGUCCCAGCAUCAAAACCAUCUGAAUACUCAGAUGACUCAAUUUCUAUGGACAUAGAAACUGAUAAAAAACAGUCCAAACUUGAAAACUCAAAGUCCCAUGAAAUUGAAGAAGUCUCCAUAAAGCAAAAGGCACCAUCACUUUCAGAAAUCACCAAACUAGAAAACUCAAAGUCCCAUGAAAUUGAAGAAGCCUCCAUAAAGCAAAAGGCACCAUCACUUUCAGAAAUCAUGGAACUAGACAGAGAUCAUUUUGAGUCUAGCCAACCCAAGAGCGCAGAGAUCGAAUGCAGGGGCUUGGAUCAUGCGGACUCAUUAGGCCUAGUACUAAUUAGUAGAAGAGCAAGGUACUUGAUCAACUGGCUGGUGAAUGCAUUGAUGAGCCUGCAGCAUCCACAUUCACAAUAUGGGCAUCAAUUGGUCAGAAUCUAUGGACCAAAGAUAAAAUUCGACCGGGGGCCUAGUCUGGCAUUCAAUUUGUUUGAUUGGAAAGGAGAAAAGAUUAAUCCAUUGAUCGUUCAGAAGCUCGCUGAUCGAAACAAUAUUUCUCUGAGUAAUAGCAUUUUGAAUCACAUUUGGUUCUCAGACAAGCAUGAGGAAGAGAGGGAAACAAAGUUGGAGACAUGUGCAAGUGAUCGAGUGGAAGGAAGCACCGCGGUAAACAAGAGAAAAGAUGGAUGCCAUUCUGGGAUUAGUGUGGUUACUGCUGCAUUGGGGUUUUUGACAAACUUUGAAGAUAUUUAUAGGCUCUGGGCAUUUGUUUCAAGGUUUUUGGAUGCAGAUUUUGUGGAGAAGGAGAGAUGGAGAUACAUGGCUCUCAAUCAAAGCACUGUCGAGAUUUGA